AGGUGUACCACCGACAGUUCCUACAAUGGUGCCCGGAACACCACCAGCAGUGACAGGUGCACCGCCGACGGUGCUCACAACAGUGCCUGGAACAUUCCCUGCUGUUCCAAGAACCGUACCAGGUAUGCCCAGGUGCAGCACCAGGGCCGCCAGAGGCAACACCAACCACAGUGCCAGGAAUACUUCCCACUGCACCAGUGACGAUGCCCGCUGGACCAGAAGCCGGGCCAGGCAGAGAAACAGGCAAGUCGCGACGACCAGGAAUAGUGCUUGACUGGGCAGACGGGGGCCCCAUGUAGCAGUCGAAGACAUCGUGGGUGUCGUUUCUGCAGAUCCAGAGCCGGGAGACGAGUCAUCUUUGAGUCACUCGAAUUGUCGUUGUUGUUAGACCCAGCAUGCGUUGACCAUUGAGAUCCAUUGUUGUUGUUGUCGACGCCGCCGGUCUGAUCAUUUCCGUCAUCUGGAUGAGGAUGAGCGAAACGGGAGUUGCCGUCAUUGCCAGAAUCUUGAUCCGGAUCGUACUCGGCCGCUUG